AUCGGGUAUGGAUUAUGGAAUUGACCACUCUCCGAAAGUUUAUAUUUUCAGAUUCCUCCGAAAUCCUGGAAAUUAACAUUCCGGAAAUAGCUAAACCAGAGUAUGGAAUGUAUACGUGGCCAUGUUCUCCUGUGCUAGCCCAGUUCAUCUGGCAUAACAGAAGAUGGGUAAAAAAUAAGGUAGUUCUGGAGCUGAGCGCGGGGACUGCCCUUCCUGGCAUUGUAGCUGCGAAAUGUGGCGCAACUGUACACUUCAGCGAUUGUCCAGAAAUGCCAGAGUGUCUUCGUAACGUGAAACGUUCGUGUGAUGCAAACAAUCUUCGCGACAAUAUCGUUCAUGGAAUAACUUGGGGAAGAAUUGAUGGCGUUGUUACAAAGUUGCCAAAAUUAGAUGUCAUUAUCUCGUCGGAUUGCUUUUACAACCCAAAAGACUUCGAAAAUUUGAUAACAACUGUAGCGUAUUUGCUUGAUAUUAAUUCAAAUGUGCAGUUCAUAUGUUCAUACCAAGAGAGAUCUUCGUCGUGGAGCAUUCAGCAUCUGCUACACAAAUGGAAAUUAAAUGCAUCAGUUAUACCUCUAUCGUCAUUUCAAGGAAACUCUUCAGACAUGACUUGUUCAUACCUACCCGGAAAUCCUUCGAUAAGCGUUUUAAAAUAGAAAAAUGUUUAUAAAUUUGGAUGACCAUAGAAGUUGUUUCUCCGCUCUCAUUUUCAAUAUCAAGCCAGACGUUCUGACGUUGUGAGUUGACAAAGUCGUUCGACCAUGUUUGGUAGGAAAGGGUGCCAUACGGUUGACUUAGUAUAUUAAAUAAACAUCUAGCAUGCACUUUUGCAAAGAGAUUUGAACUUGUU